AUUUACUGGUAGGCCUAUAUUUUGAUACAAUCUAACGAUACAUUCGUGGAAAUAUACCAAUAUAUCAAAAUACAAUCAUGGAAACAAGAAGGUGAACCCAAAGUAGGCUACUUUUGGUAGGCUAUAGCAGAAAAUGGUAGAACUUGUCUUUCUUAUGACGCACUCCAAUACAGCGGGUGGCGGUACCAAUCUGGAAAGCAAAACUAUUCCAUAGAAGAAGGAAUUCUGAGCGAUAGCUGUGCCUGGAAGACUGCGGUGGAUGGUUUUAAGAUUGAUGUUUGGUCUGUUUAUGCGCUAAAUUUAACAAGUUAUUUUACUGCACCAUCCUCUCCCGCGACGACCAGCGCUACAUUGGUCAUGGCGGCGAGUGCGAAAAGAAAACAGGAGGAGAAGCAUUUGAAGAUGCUCCGAGAAAUGACUAGCUUGCCUGCCAAUAGGAAAUGCUUUGAUUGCGACCAGCGCGGCCCAACCUACGCUAACAUGACAGUGGGCUCUUUUGUUUGUACCACCUGUUCCGGGAUUCUGCGUGGCCUCAACCCACCGCAUCGUGUGAAGUCCAUCUCUAUGACAACAUUCACACAACAUGAAAUUGACUUCUUACAGAAACACAGCAAUGAGGUUUGUAAACACAUUUGGCUUGGGCUUUAUGAUGACAGAAGCUCUGCUAUCCCAGACUUCCGUGAACCACAGAAGGUCAAGGAGUUCCUCCAAGAAAAAUAUGAAAAGAAAAGAUGGUAUGUCCCCCCUGAACAGGCCAAAGUCAUCGCUUCUGUCCAGGCCUCAAUCUCUGGGUCCUCUGCCAGCAGCACAAGCAGCACCCCUGAGGUGCAGCCUCUCAAAACCCUGCACCUGAGCAAGACUCCGGCCAACCAGCUUAAUCAGUCCCCGGCAAUCAGCCGUGUCCAGCCUCAGUCAGAGAAAAAGUUUGACCUCCUUUCUGACCUCGGUGGAGACAUAUUUGCAACUCCACCCUCUCAGACAGCAGGCUCCACCAACUUUGCAAACUUUGCCAAUUUCAACUGCCCUUCAGCGCAAAGUAGCUCAAACUCAGACUUUGCCAAUUUUGACUCAUUUGGAAAUUCCAGUGGGUCCUCGUCCUCAUAUUUUGGUACCUCACCCCCCUCCCAGCCCUUCACUCAUCCCUGUCAUACAGGUGGCAGGGUGUCCGUGCCCUCCCUCUCUAACAUGGCUUCGGCACCCACUCCACCCGUCACAUCCGCUGAGGACCGCUACGCUGCCCUGGCUGAGCUAGACAGUGCCCUCAGUUCCUCGGCCCCCACAGGAAGCGCUGCUCAGGGGAGUAUGUUUGGAGCAGUACCAGGUGCCACCUCAGUGCCCACCCAGCCACCACUUCCUGUCAUGCAGAAAGGUUUUGUUGCUGCUCCAUCCACAAACCCAUUUAUAGCUGCUGGCAUGGCCCCUGAGCCUAUGUCCACCAACCCCUUCCAGAGUAAUGGCAGAGCAUCAGCUCCAGCCUCAUUUGGAACAGGCUCUAUGAGUAUGCCAGCAGGAUUCGGGAACGCCACCAGUUACUGCCUCCCUACCAGCUUCAGUGGGACUUUCCAGCAGCCCUUCCCAGGCCAGGCACCCUACGCUCAGCCCUCUGCAUACCACCAACAGCCCAAUGGCACUGGAUUCCCAGUCUAUGGACAGGUCAAACCUCCCAUGACCUCUUAUGGGCAGGGGAUCUCAGCCCCUGGCAUGUCCAACAAUCCAUUCACGGGAGGUGUCCCCGCAGGGUCGUACCCCUCAGGAGGUUCUUCCACAAACCCCUUCCUGUGAUGUUCCCAAUGCAAAAGCACAGACGUGACAUCCAAGCACUCACAUACACUAAAACACACAUUCCAUGUCACCACGUACUCCAAACACCAAGAAGUUAAAUCUAUAAAGGCAGAUUUUUAGAUGCACAGCACUGAGUGUCUUAUUGUUUUAAAGGGGAAAAAAGCCCUGUGAUGCAAGUCCAGAGGGAAGCCUCCCUUUCUUGUAGUGUUUUGGGAAAAGAGAAAAAAAACCUUUUGAACUCACUGCCAUGUCAUGAAGAUAUACGUAUUUGUUAUGUAGCUUCAAUUCAAGUUACUUUAUAUGCUUAGAAAGUAAGCUCCUAUUGCAUAUCUCCUAUUGCAUCAUUUGCAAUCCUCUUAAGCACACACUUUGUACAUAUUAAACUGUGCUCAGAGAACAGAGAAGACAGUAAAGAGAUGUACUUU